GUUAAACUGCCUUACUCGAUAGUUGAUACUCUGUACAUUUUUAUAUCUAUCUUCGGCAAAGAAAACUAAAAAAUCCAAAAAAACAAAUUUAAUUCAAUUUUCAUAAGUUAUAGGGCUAUCGUCAGUAGUGCCAUUAGUCAAAAAUUUAAAUAGUUAACUCGUUUACAAGAAAGGAUAGGGAGCAUAAGAAGCCCAUUUGUGCCUCUUGUUUAAAGGUUCUGUUUGUUUGAGCUGAAAAUGUUGGGUGUCAAUCCAUCUGGACGCUAUUUUCAACAUAGUCCUGGUCCUCAACAUUACAACCCUUAUCCACCCAUACAACAUGGACGUCUUCCGUCUCUACCUUACCAUCCUACUGCCCCAUUCCACAAUCAAAGCAGUGUUCAUCCCACAUUUGACGAAAGAGCUCAUUCUACAAAACCUCGUGCUGGAGGAUUUAACUUUCCCCAUCCUGAAUCGUCAUUUGCUGAGUUACAAACCUUCUGUAACAGAACUAGACAAGCAACAGCAUCCCUUUCACACCCACCAGUUCAUCAGACUCAGCCUCGGAAAAUAACAACUUUCCCAAAACCCCAUUCUUAUGGCCAUUGUUAUUAUGAUGAAAAAGAAGCCGAUUGGUUUGAUUUUGGUGAUGAAAUUCAAAUUCUUGAAGGGGACUCCCAGAUCACGGAACCAAGGUUUGAAAUGUUUCCUCUGCCCGAAGAACCUGUAGUGCCAUUCGAACAAUUGACGGUCACCUUGAUGGAUGAUUACGAAUUCUAUUGCGAUGAUAAAGAUUUUAUCCAGGUCUACACAGACGGAUCGUACAUUAACGGUCGUUUUAAGCUGAUCGAUUCUGUUUCUGCAAUUGGAGUCUGGUUUGGACCAAAUCAUAAAUUAAAUGUCAGCCAGCCCACUCGACUCCCAGGUGGUUACAACAGUGAUGGGGCAGAGUUAGAAACCAUCAUUGAAGCAAUAAAAAUUGUCUGCUCCUGUGGUGUUGACAAGGUUCAAAUUAACACAGACAGUAAAAAUUCUGUUAGAUUUGUGACAUAUUUUAUUAGUAAAUGGGAAGCUAAUGGAUGGCGAAAUAUUAAAGGACUUCCUGUUCGAAACCAAAAUCUAAUUCGCCAACUGUACCAUUACACACAAUUGGUUACAAUUAAAUGGGAGUGCGCAGGAACGUCGAAGCGGACCGUCUGGCACGGAUUGCAUCUGCCGCUUGUGCAGGAAAAGGAAAAAGACAAAAUUUAUCAAUGAAGCGAACAUCAGAAGACCCGCCCAGUCGAAUUAAUAACCGAAAGCUGCGGAGAUAUUGCCCGUUUUAAAAACCGUUGUAAUGUGUGAAUCUACUUCAGUUUUCCAGUGGACAAUUAUAGUGAUUCAAAUGCUCCCAACUAUCCUCAUCCUGAUGCCUCAUUUGCCGAUCUGCAAGCAUUCUGCAACAGGAGUAGGAAUUCUACAGCAGGAAGUGCAUAUGCUCCAUCUCUUCCGGACUCUGAUGUACAAUCUCAGUACUUUGUAGCCGAUUUGGUAACAACCAAUGAUGCUUGCUUUCCUAGGAGCAGAAACUCCAUGGCAGGAAGUCUUGCCAACUCCCUUCCGGAUUUUGACACAUCACAAUAUGAAACCAAUGAUGACGGCGUUGAUUACGGCUUGAUCCGGCUUGUGUCGGAAUGCGAACGGGGGAUUCACACAAUUAAGAAUUAUUAGUAUGAUGUGUUUAUUUGCAUCUUUUUAAAUGGCUACGUACUUACACCUUCUAUUCUGCGAUCGCAACUUAUUUAUGAUUAUCGGAAAUUAACAAUUUCAAUUUUUUUGUUGCGUUUCUACCCGCCCUCCGAGUCCCCCCUCCCUCCCCUAUUCCCCCGUGAUAUAAUCAUGAAGAUUGUGUUGACCGUUGGCUCGCACAACUGUUUCAAACCAAGAUCUGAGAACAUCAGUCGAUUGCUUAAUUUGUGUUGUUGACCUUUUCACUUCUUCCUUCUUAACCUCAGCACUCAACAACGCCAUGACCGACCAAUUCAAUCUAUUCUCCUGACUCCAAAAUCUUUUCUGGGCCCGACCUGCUACUUUGUUUGUUAUUUCCUUCCAGACUGGGGGUUAUACCCAAAUCACGCGAAACCCAACCAAAACACCUACCACCCCUAUCCCGAACCCAUUGUUGUCCACUGUUGAGUAUACGGUGUGUUAACUGUUUGUUUCUUUCUUUCUUCCGGUUCCUACACCGUCCCCUCCAAACCAGUUUCUGUAACUCCUUUCAUUCGCAUCUCUUCUAGAAAAAUUUUUGUUUAUUUAUAAAUUUUUUUAAAAUCUGCUUCCCGCUCCUUUCAAAUAUGUGUCGUCUCUCCCGUUAUCACCUCUGUUUUGUUUCGUUUGGGUGUCGUAUGUUCCAGCAAGCAAAAACAAACAAAAAAAACUAAAUGAUGACGACAUUAUAUGCUACGAAGAAGUUAAAAAAAAGGAACAAGAUAAACUUGACGAAAAGAAA